UAUCACUCCAUUGGCUACAUCCAUCUUACACAAGUUUCUAAAAUCGUGUGUGCCAACAUACUUCUGAGCAGCACAAUUCAUGGUUCCAAUGUCUAAAUCAGCACGUGGGAAAAAAUAGCGAGGCUAGCCUGACUGAAGAAAGUUGUCACUGAUAACUUCAUAUUGGAAGUAGAACCCGGACACAAGACUUCCACAUAAACAGUUUCUGAUGGCAGAAAGAAGGUCCUACAGUGUAGGGGAUGCAAUGGAAGAACUCAUAGGACAUGAUAGAGAAAAAUGGAACAAAAUGGAUCUAGAGGAACAAAUGUUAGCAGCUGCUACAGCUUUUACCCGUAUCUGUGCAAGGCAGGGUGAGGGAGAUGUUAGGAGAGAAGCUCGUUCUGUCCAAUAUGAUCCCUACAGUAAAGCUUCAGUCGCCCCAGGAAAUAGAUCCAGACUUCCUGUGCAAAUGCAGUACUCACGUAUUGAAAAUAACCUCACUCCAGAAAUGGGCUCAGAGGCCUCCCAGCGACUCCGCAAGCCAGUGAUGAAGAGAAAGGUUCUGCGGAGGCAGCCAGAUGGGGAAGUCCUAGUAACAGACGAGUCUGUUUACAGUGAAUCAGAGACAGGUACAGAAAGUGGAGGUGAUCUCUGGGACUUAAGAGAAAGGCUGAUGAAUCUGCAGUCCCAGGAAGAUACAGAAUCCUCAGCUGAUGAGUCAGAAAAAUUCAGUCUGCCACAUGAAUACCAAGAAAUUUCUCAAGACCAGUUCCUUCACGAUCUACGGAAAGGAAUGCCCUCUCCAGCUUAUGAACAAGACCUGAUUGUUGCCAGCCGACCCAAGUCCGUUAUUCUCCCGAGACUGGAUCAGUUAAGCCAAAACCGGGGCAAGGUAGACCGGGUAGCCCGCUAUUUUGAGUACAAACGGGAAUGGGACUCCAUGAGGUUACCUGGUGAAGAUCACAGAAAGGAGCUGCGUUGGGGUGUCCGAGAGCAGAUGCUUUAUCGAGAACCCCAAUCUAAGCCUCAGCACAUAUAUGUUCCAAACAAUUACCAGGUACCGACUGAGAAGAAAAGAUCUGCGCUUCGCUGGGGUAUUCGUUGUGACCUUGCAAAUGGUAUCAUGCCCAGGAAGCUGCCCUUCUCCUUUUCUCCUUCCUAAGUCUUCUUUUUUUCUAAGUCUUUUCUACCUGUUCAUUCUACGGGCUGGCUUGGGUAAACUGAUUCUUUGUAUUUCACUAUUUAAAAAUUUCAGGAAAUAGACUUGUUUAUUCAAAUAAUAAACUUCAGGACUUGUAGAGUAAG